AUGGCUCGAACGUCGCCACAGUGGCUUAGACCAUAUAUUGAAGUGAUUCGACACGCAAAUAAGAUGAUUGAGAGGGAGACAGAUUCUGUGAAUGAUAAUCCACUUAUUGAUGUUUUAAGGAAUAAGGCACUUCAUGGAGGAAAUUUACAAGGUACACGAAUUGACCUUUUCAUGGAUACCACAUGUUUAGUCAUUGCUUCAACCGGGAAACUUAUGUUUGCGCAAUUCUCUGAGCUUGUGGAUGAUUUAUUCAACAACAGGUUGCCUUCGAACCUAAGUGCAAGCCGCAAUCAAAGUUUGGAUUACGACUUCAAAGGAUCAGAAAUUGCAAUGCCAUCUUAUUACUUGGAACUUCAACACCUUGCUAAUCUUGUCACUACUCAAGUUCAAAGUGUCAAUAAGCAUACCCAAGAUGUUAACUCCUUAGGCUUGAUUUCAUCAAGAGAAACUCCAAAAGCGGUUGAAAUAUUGAAAAUCAUGUCAUUGACUUGCUUAGUUGCCUUGUGCCAAGCAAUUGAUCUAAGGCACAUAGAGGAAAAAUUGAAAAGUGUAGUCAAGAACACUGUAAGUCACGUGGCUAAAAAAAUUCUCACAGUGGGUGUAAUUGGUGAGUUGCAUCCAUCUAUGUUAUGUGAGAAGGAUUUGUUGAGUAUA